CUGCCACAGUUCGCGUACCUACCUACCAGUUCAUUUGCUCGCGAAUGCCGUUUUAUCCGGUGUCAAAAGACGUACUAAACCACUCAGGUUAAGCUCGUCAAAAGCAACUCGCACCGCCUUGCUGCUAUUUCGCUCCGGCCCAGAGUGCUCGACACCCCGUGGCUACACUAAAACUCACUAGCUCUCGAUACUCCAAUAGCUAUCCGUCCCCAUGCUCGCGCCUCCUGAGCAAUCUUGAUUCUGCGACCUUCGCGCCGGAAUUUGCUCCAACUGGCCGAAUUGGCCACUGUAGCUCCCAAUCGACGACAUUACACUGCUUAUACUACAACAACCGAGCCGAGUCCUUCUGCGACGAUGCCGUGGCAGCCUCUCCCGAGGAUAGCGUUUGCUGUAGCAACCUACCCGUUCCGAGCUCAGGACCCCGCGGAUCUUCCCCUCGAAAUUGGCGAUGAACUAUAUAUUAUAGAAGAGACCUCAGAUGCCAAGUGGCUUAGAGGUUACCUCGUUGCUCCUCCAAGUCUUCUUGCUGGAUUGACUUCCGUGCAGGGCCAGACUCUUGAAGCUCGUGUCUUUAGCGGCAUCUUCCCCAGAAGCUGCGUAGAGGUUAGAGAGCUGCUUGGCGAGCAAGAUGAUUUGGAGGCUGAAGUGGCAUCUUCAGAAGCUUUGAGCAAUGGAAAUAUCGACGCACACAAACCUUCGAACCGGAACGGACAUACAGACCAGGCCAACGGCACAUUUGGAACGCUCUCUAUCCCAGUAAAGAGAAACCCGAAUGCGCCUCGCCCGGCAGCCCCGGUUCCUAUGCUCAAAAUUGGCGACGAGACCCCGACUUCUGCAUCAGAACCUCUCGUAGACGAAAUCUCGUCCUGCCUCCGCGAGUGGCAUUCCAAAAAUCUACACCAGUUGCUACUUUCUCGACAAUAUGCCAAGUUGGACAAGCUGUCCGCGCUGAUUGCUAGACUCAACUAUCAUCGCCAGCAGUUCUUGUACAAUGUCUUGACCCAACACGAGUACAAUCUGCUGAGGGAAAAAACUGUUUGGGAUUUGGUUCAAGUUAAUAAGCUAUGCGGUGGCGAAGUCAUAGUCCGCGAUCCUUCAGCUCGAGGCCGUAUCUUAACUGCUGAUGACUCGGUCGUUUCCAUAACGGAACUACAAUCAGUGAUGAGCUUGCUUGAUGAGCCUCCACAGCCAUCAGUAGAGCUGACGACACUUCACCACUUGCUUAUUGACGUCAAAGGAUUCGCCAGUUCCUCGAGUGACGAAACUACCCUAGUUGCGUAUUUGGUUCGCAAACCAGAACACGAAAAAGCUGUCAAUCUAUCAGAAUGCUUCAAUGUUACAAUACCGGCUGGCCGCCCGAUCAACAGUCUCGACCAAGAUUCUCAGAGGAAAACUCUCUUUACAGAGUUAUCAAGCCAGGAUAUAGGAGAUGUCUCAGCGUCUGUUUCUGAUUUAUAUCUUGUCAUUAAGGUGCUUAGCAAUCAACAAAUUUCUGUUCGACCUGUGUCUCGUGUGGGCACAGCGGGAGAAAGCUUCUACACGAACCAGCAUACAAAGUCUCUUCCAACGGGUGGUAAAGGUUCCCGAAGAAGCUUCAUGUGGGGAAGCAUGACGGGACGAUCUACCUUCUCUCGUGGUUCGCCGACUACCAGGAUGGAUGUCGUCAGCGAACACUCUGAUAGCCGCCCACGUACAGAUCGAACAUUGGAGAGCCGUGAGGGCCCAACUCCUCCCAAAACUGCUGCUUCCCAAAGCAGCAGUUCACUAGUGCACGAGACACAAACAGGACAGAGACCUGUGGGAAUCGCCGUUCUCAAGUUGAAUGCUUUAAUGAAGUAUAGCGAAGAGACGGAGCUAAUUGCUAAUAUUUGGUCACCGUGUGCUGCUGGUUCUUCCACCGACACAUCCGACUCUGAUUGGGUGCCGUUGAUUCGCGAAUUAAUGUCAAACCCCAAUAACGGCUUUGAGAAGUCCAGGCGAGGCGAGCGGUUGCAGGUUUCUCUGAAAGUAUUCGAACAUCAGGAUGCCGACAUGUUAAUCAAAGCAAACCCAACUGUACUAGCUGGUGUCCCGAAAACUCCGAGAAUUGGCUUUUCUGGAGCACCUACAAGUACGAGAUCCGAUAUCUACUUCACGCUCGACAAUGCUGCCCUCUCGAGACAAAAUCUCCUUUCGCGAUUUGGUGGAAGCGCGACAAGCCUGCCGCCAGGAAUUUCUGGUAACAACUUGCAAGUUACAAUGGAAGUCAGACGAUCUUCGGGCGAAAAGUUUGAGAAAUGCAUCCUUCCAUCGUCUAAUUCAGAACCACUUACUACCUUCAAAUCUGCGAUUGUGGAAAGAGGGGAUCUGUGGAAUCAAACAGUUCGCAUUACUCUCCCCCCUGAGGAAGUGCCUGAUGCUCACAUUGUGUUGUACGUAUCGGACAUGCCUGGCGCAAACUUCGCAGUUGCACAUAUGCCCUUAUGGGACCGCGAGGCGUUUGUGAGAGACGGCAAACACACGCUAUUGCUAUACAAAGCCGACGACAACACGGGCACAGCUCAGGCAGGGCCUACAGGUAGAGGCGGUUAUCUAUCGCUUCCUUCAGAGCCUCGAACCCGAGAUGAACGCUCUAGCGACGUUACCGGACCGUUGGCAAUUAUAAACACACGAACCUUCCUCUGCAGCACUCGUUUCUCCCAAGAUCGAAUCAUUCUUGGUUUGCUACGAUGGAGAGAGCUUUCUAGUGAGGAUCUAAACUCUGUGCUGAGACAGCUCAUGUUCGUGCCAGAGAUUGAAAUUGUGCAGUUGCUCAGCGAUAUUCUUGACAAUCUAUUCGCCGUUUUGGUGGAACACGCUGGCAAAGACGAGUACGAAGAUUUAGUCUUCACAGCUCUUGUCCGAGUGUUGGAUAUUGUCCACGACAGAAGAUUUAACCUUGUCCCAAUUGUUGAUCGAUAUGCUGCCACUCGGUUCAACUACCCUUAUGCAACUACAUGUUUGAUUCGAGCCCUCACAAGAUUACUCGAACAUUCUACGGAACCAGAAGCAGCUAGGAAACUACGAGCAACUUUGAAAAUUGUGCAGCAAAUCCUGCGAUUUAUCACACAUGCCAGAGAUCAGCAAAGAGCCAAAGAGGCAGACUUAGGAAUUGCCACGCCUCCCCACGCUUUCAACAAACAGUUGCGCUCUGUCUUCAAAGCCUUGGAUGAAAUGAUGCAGAAUCCUGCACCAGUUCUCGUCGGUAGCCAGACACUAGCGGUCCAACACUUUCAUACCUGGCUUCCAGAACUGACAAAACUUCUACCUACAGAAGAGAUUCUUCACAUAGCCAUUGAUUUCAUGGACUCCUGCAGCAACGUCAAAGGCAAGCUUAUCCUCUACAAGCUUAUCUUGAUUAUCAACUAUUCUCAAUUGGAAAUCUUUGCUCAUCCCGAUCAACGGGCAGCUCUUAGCGCCAAUACUGUCCGAUGGAUUAGUCCUCACUGGGGUCAUACAUUGGAAGUUAGUGACCAGUGGCGUGAACAAGUACGCCUGUGCUGCUCAGUUCUCGCCAGUCAAUUGGAAUACCUUGGUCCAGAAAUCCCAGACCAUGUGCCAAGGGCCGUGGAUUCAUAUCUGGCGAUGCUAAACAGCCCAUUGAAGCCUCGAAAUAAGCUGUCCCUGCUAUUUCCGUCUGUAUAUCCAUUCCCUAGCAAGGCUGUCGCUGAGGACUUGAGUAUGGAUGAAGGUCUCGCGGAACUCUCUGCUAUUCUAUCAGCCAUGGCAACAUCACCUUCAGGAAUGCAGCUAGAGUUGGCUGAAAAUGAUCUCACUAUUCUCCUAGAGAACCUUCUGCGCGUACAAAUGAGUAUUCUACAGGCGGAUGCCUUCCCAGAUGGAUGGCUCAGUGUUCACAUCUACCAUCACAAGUCAACAAUGCGAACCCUUCAAUACCUUUCCGGCAUAUUGUUGGACUCUUUCUUACCCGAUCCGGACGAUGGAGAAAACUUCAACACGGAGCUCUGGAAGCUAUUCUUUGCGUCUCUAUUAAAAUUGGUUGGAACCCCGUCUUUGGCUCUAGAGACCUUCCCAGAACAGAAGAGGCGCGCGGUGUGGAAGAUUGCUGGUGACGUGAGGGAGGAUGGUGCUGCCCUACUUCGGCGAAUGUGGGAAGCUAUUGGGUGGGAGACAACCCCAGAGGAACGCGCGAGAUAUAGUCUCACAAAGAUUGGCGGUUAUCAAGUACAAUAUGUUCCAACUCUGGUCGCUCCCAUUGUUGAACUAUGUCUUAGUGUGCAUGAGGGCUUGCGAGGAAUGGCGGUUGAAGUACUGCAGACGAUGAUUAUUAGCGAGUGGUCUCUUAGUGAUGAUCUGGCAGUGAUUCAAACGGAAGUUGUGGAUUGCUUGGACACGUUUUUCAAAACAAAACCACUUACCGAGAGUGUUUUGCAGAAGCUCUUCCUUGGCGAAUUACUCGAAAGAUUCGAGCCUCUUGCGGAAACAUCAGACGAACCGCUGUAUGCUGCUACCCAAGAACUAAUCGGCACAUUGGAUGAGUUUCUCGAUCUUUUGGUUGCAGUUCACAGUAACGACGAUAACUCUGGUGCUUUUGAUAUCAUCAACCGACUGAGGCUUAUGGAGUUUCUCCGAGAUAUGCAGAAGCAGGAGAUCUUUGUCCGCUAUGUCCAGCAGCUGGCUACCGUUCAAGCGGACUCUGGAAACCAUUGUGAAGCCGGCCUGGCGCUGCGAUUACACGCAGACCUCUAUGAAUGGGAUCCAAAUCGUCAAGCACCCGCACUCCGAGAUCCCGACUUUGACGCACAGAAUCAUUUCGAACGAAAAGAAAAGAUCUAUUUCAACAUGAUCAAACACUUUGAGGAAGGCGAAUCAUGGAGCAACGCGCUAACGGCAUAUAAAGAAUUGAAGCAUCAGUAUGAAACCAACAUAUUCGAUUUUGCCAAGCUAGCACGAACUGAGCGAGCCAUUGCAACGAUUUACGAGAUGAUAUCAAAAAGCGACAAGAUUGUGCCCAAGUACUUCAAAGUCACAUACAAGGGGCUCGGCUUCCCCGCGGCACAGAGAGACAAGGUCUUCAUUUUUGAGGGCUCCCACUCCGAGAGAGGUUCGGCAUUUGCCGAUAGACUGCAAGAACAGUACCCAGCUGCCAAAAUUGUCACAUCUGAGGAUAUCGAUGAGGUAGAGGGUCAGUUCCUGUCGAUAUCAAGCAUCUCACCUCACCGUGAUCUUAGCCACCAAGUUCUGCAGCGGGCUAGAGUUCCUCAGGUUAUCCGUGAUUUCUUGCUAUCCUCUCACCCUCAAUCCUUUUCUGUUACCACCAAAAGGAAUACAUCUGGCCCAGUCCAUGACCACUGUGCUGUCAAAAUGCUUCUUACUGCAGCGGAACCAUUCCCAACAAUCUUGCGCCGAUCCGAAGUUGUUGAUGUUCAGGAACUGCGCCUUGAUGCCCAUCAGACUGCGUUAGAGCGAAUUUUGCGCAAGACACAGGAGGUUUCAACGCUAGAACGUCGUAUAGCGGAUGGUCAAGAGCAAGCAUUGCCAGCUUUGGCCGACUUGAUCGCUGCAUCGGUGGAACCUGAUUCUGAGACCAGCAUCGCAGCCUACAGACAACUUCUACCGCAACCAACAAGACCUGGUUCAGGCGAGGAUGAUGAUGAAGAUGAGGAGGAAGAGGAAGAAGAGGAAACUCCUGACCUUGAACCCCGAGAUCUCGCCAUACAAACGGCCCUAUUUGACCACGCUCUUGCCAUUAAGUCAAGCCUGGCUCUAUUGUUGCGUUCCAAAACAAGCUCAAUUAACGCUCGCCAUGACGGCCUGCAAAGAAAAUUUGAAAUUAGCUUUGCGCCAGAGGUGUCACAGUUUGCACCUGCACCGUCACCACAGCCUGCUAUGUCCACGCCUUCAACAGCAUGGAAAGGCUCACCUUCCAUCAACCAAAGCCCGUGGACCAGCAUAGCAUCACCGGCAACUCUUGGAAGGGGAGAAGAAGCUGCCAUAGUACGUCAGGUUACUGUCCAACAGAAGGGCACCCGCCUCAGCUUCUUAGGUGGUCGCAAGAAGAGCCACGACCCGUCAGCAGACUUUCCUUUAAGCCCAAUGUCCAACAAUGCUGUUAAUGGGCACAGGCGCAGUCUAAGCAAGGAUAAGUCUUCUCCAAACCGCUUCUGGUCGCCAGCCUCUGAAACCGUCACCAGCCCUAUCCUUAAUGCCAGACGGCAGAGCACUCCCAGUCGAGACAGUCUCGAUAAUAGAUCAUCGCAGGAUGGCCGCCCCUCGCUAGACAAGGAACCAAGUCCUUUAAAGAGAGGGGGCAGUAUGCGAAAGCGACUGAGCUUAUUAAAGAUUGGGUUGAAGCCCAGCCGGUCGACCAACUUUAUGGGCAGCGUUGACGAAGAAAGAGAGUAAAUACCUCUCCUUUCCCGCCCCUCAACCUUUCCUAUUCAUUUCUUUGUUUAUUUCUAUUUCUUCUCUCAUGAUACUUUUUCAUUGAUGAGAUGAUUCUACAGCUCUUUACUUUACUUUCCUUCUUGCGAAAAUCUUUUGCAACUACCAGUAUUUCCGCCCCCGGGCUCUACUAUUUUAUUUGUCGUUCGAAUAUUUUGCGCCGGUGUUCUGGACAGCACCCGAGAACUUUGAGUCAUUUAGUGUUGAUGCAUAUAUACUGCUGCAUUGUACGUCUAGCGAAUAAAGACAGACAGUCAUAUACUGUCGUCUUGUUUCUUCUUUAUUCUUCAUGUAAAUAUAUAGUUAAUAAGCAGUACACCUACAAACAUUGUAUUUCGCUUUGAGCCUCCUACAAACAUUUACUUCUUGUAUUCACAUUUUAUGAUGAUGGCAUUGAAGAGAAAUAGUUAUAUCAUACAUUUGCCUAUAAAUCAUUGUGGCUUUUCAUGUACAAAAGGAGUCUACGCCGCACCGUUCUACUACACGCUCUGUUUAAUGGAGCAUCAACUUCCUCCACCCUAUGCCGUCAAUUCAGCCAUGCGCCUCUCUAGCUCAGGUACCUGGCGCAGCUUAACCUCGAGUUCCUCCUUUUCGUCCUCGAGCUUCAGACGCUUAUCAGCGUCGAGCUUGGUGAAGACAAAGUUGCCCUGUCCGUCGAAUUGCAGAAUGUGGGUAUGGUAUUUCCAGAGACUGCGACGAUGGCUGACAGUCAUAAGAGUGAUACCGAGAGCCUUGGCGUUAUCGUACAUGACCUUUUCUGUUUCAAGGGUGACACUGCUGGUGCAUUCAUCGAGGAUGGCGUAUUGCGGACGGUGGUAGAAGAGACGGGCCAUGGCAACACGUUGCUGGAGGCCACCAGAGAGCACAUCUCUCCACUCAGCCUCGGCAUCCCAACCUUCGUCGUAGAGUUCUACCAGAUGUUCAAGGCCAAGAAUCUUGAGAAUCUCAAAGAGGUCUGCGUCCGUAGUUCCGCGGUAUCGCAUCUGUCGAAGAGAAUCGGGGUAAAUAAUUUGCUGGCGGAGAGAGCCGCGCGAGAGGUAUGGGCGCUGGGGAAUGUAGAAGAUGGCACUGAAUGGAGGCUUGUAGACCGUUCCGCCGUAAACGGGCCAGAGACCGCCAAGAAUACGGAAGAGGGAGGACUUUCCGCAACCGUUGGGACCGACAACAAGCAAGUGGUCGCCAUACUUGAGAGAGAACGAGAGGGCUUUGACGAGGACAUCGCCGUUGGGAGAGACAAUUGGUACGUCAAUAAAUGUGAUAUCCUUGCUCUCAUGUACGGUACCGCGGCCCUUGAGGACGGCGGCGUUGUCUUCUGUUCCAGAGGACGAUACGAGCUUCUUCUCAAAGUGGCCGGCCUGGAUGUCGUCCAUGACGUCUAGCAGGGACGCGACACGUGAGGUGUAUCCGGCCAACUCCAUGAUUUCGCGGUAAGAGAACAUGAUACGGCCAAAGGCGUCAGAGGCUGACAGAAGCAUGCGUCGGUUGGUGACGAAGGACUCGGUUCGGUCGCCCAUGUUCAUAGCAAUAUGGCCAGGGAGCUUAACAAAGACAGGUACACUGCAAAGGACAAGACCCAGAGCACCCCAGAAGUACUUAAUGACAAAGUCUUCCAUGAAACCGUGAUAGAAGCGUCGUCGAAGAAUAUAGUUAACGUGCUUGAUGAGAGUGAAGUAGCCCUUGUCGAGGGUAUCCUUUUCGGCGUUGUGUCCAGCAUAGAGAGCGACCUCCUCGGCAUGGUCAAUAAGGCGAGAGUGUUGGAAGCGGAAUUCACCUUCCAGGCGGGCCUCAUCAGCAACGUAUUUGCCAAAGGGAGGAGUCAACAUGCGCAUGACGUUGGCCGAGAGCUGCACGAGGAGUGACAUAAAGACGACACCCUCGCCACCAACGCUGUUGGAUAGGGAAUAUGUAUAGAUGGU